UUCCCAAGUGUAUUAGUCUUCAAGGUACGUGCAAGUUCAAUUGUUUCCCCUGCCGCGUUUGCCUUUGUUCUACCACCGAGAGCUCUGGGGAAGCUCAAGCUGUAGUGCACCCUACAAAGAGAAGAGAAGCAAGACGCCUUCGAGUCAAACAUUGGCCGUCUGAGCACCUUUCUCGGGUCAAUGGUAUUAUUCUGACCCGGAUUGGGAUCUUGGAAGAGCCAGCUGAUCGGCCCAAUACCGGUAUUGUCGGCUUCUUCUCGCCUUUGUUCCUCACUGCCAGCUUGAGCUUGCCUGGUGCUGGUCUGGUUGCCCCUGUCCUACCCGGUCCUGCGGAGGGAGGGGAGCUUCUUUUCCCGGUGUGUCUGACUGUUCAAAAUACAUUGGAAUGGUCACUUCUGCCCACGGGUUGAUUAAUGGACUGGAUACUGGUACAUUACAUGAGACUCGAGGUGGAGGGCCCAUGCAAUCCACCGGGGUGGCCGUAUCCCAUGUCCCCUCCAAUGGGGGUGAUGCUUUGGCAAAAGUCUGCUGCACUUCGGGCAUAUCGGGCCACUGACUCGACGCGUCUCUCUGGACUGGUGGUUUGAGGGGCCAUGUACUAUGUACAGUACAAGCUUGCUGCAGCCAGACUGACCAGAGAGGAGUGUGUGAGUCGAGCACGAUACGAUACGUUGCUUGCUUGACGUGGCCCGGGCAACCUCCAUCAGCUCCAAGGAUAGCCCCGUUGAAGCUUUGACGGGUAGAGCGAGCGAGCCAGCCAUUGAGUCCACAGCACAGUCCAAUGUGGUCUUGUUGUUUCUCAAUGCGCGUGCUUGCGCUAUUUGCAAUGUCUGGCAUGGCAGUUAUGGCGGUCAGAGCCAUGCCAUUGAGGGCCAGGGGCAAUGCGAAAUGCUCGUCAGCUCUCGCUUGCUUGCAAUAACAAGCAGGUAUUGAUUGAUGGAUUCAUCAUUGAUCAACAGAGCCAGAACCUUAGCUGUUGCAAAGCUCCCCCUCCCCCGCCCCACAGUGGCCAUAGCCACCACUGUGACCUCAUGGCCUAACGGGCUCUCUUCAACAGCCAAAAUAACGAGAGGAAGCUCUCAGGAUUACUUCACGUGAUCUCCUUUCGAUCACCUGCUCCACUCUUUCACACGUUCUACACGCUUCGAUUGGCUUCAACGGCCCACGCUAACGCUUUGCCCCUCCAGCUUGCUCAAAAUGAGACCCUCCCUCUUCAAGCCCCUCCUACCCCGCCAUACCUGCUUCUCUGCAGCGAGAACUUCUUCUUCUCUUCCUCAACUCUCCAACACAACCAGAUCUGUUAGAUUCUUCUCAGCUUCAUCCGCAGUCAUGGGUAACAAGGUUUUCUUCGAUAUUGAGUGGGAGGGCCCCGUCUUCCAGAACGGCAAGCCUACCUCCACUGUUCAGAGCCAGCGUGGUCGCAUCAACUUCAACCUCUACGACAAGGAGGUCCCCAAGACCGCUGAGAACUUCCGUGCUCUCUGCACUGGCGAGAAGGGUUUCGGCUACAAGGGCUCUUCUUUCCACCGAAUCAUCCCCGACUUCAUGCUCCAGGGUGGUGACUUCACCCGUGGUAACGGCACCGGUGGUAAGUCCAUCUAUGGUGAGAAGUUCGCCGACGAGAACUUCAAGCUCACCCACGACCGCCCCGGUCUGCUGUCCAUGGCCAACGCUGGCCCCAACACCAACGGUUCUCAGUUCUUCAUCACCACUGUUGUCACCUCUUGGCUCAACGGUCGCCACGUCGUCUUCGGCGAGGUCGCUGACGAGGAGUCCAUGAACGUUGUCAAGGCUCUUGAGGCUACCGGCUCCGGCAGUGGUGCUGUCAAGUACCAGAAGCGUGCCACCAUUGUCGACUCCGGUGAGCUGUAAAAAGUUCUUACUGAGGACAAGACAAAGGGAUGGGAUUUGGGAGCACAUUACAAAACUUGAAUGAGGACUAGCGAUAAGAAGCUGGAUUCCGCAAGCUGGCAUAAAAGUCUAGCUGCUGAGCAAUGUCAACCAUUUAACCCCAUAUGCAUUGUCACCUGAUACUAUCGUGCUGUGAAUGAUUGAUUCUUGAAUAUCGCUUGAUAGCUUAUUCUUCUACUUGGUAAAAUUGAUUGAUCAUCGCUACGACCAUUGCGCUUGGCUGCAUUCUAAAUAGCCUUCGCUUGUCCUUCGACGCCUUUGCUGUUAUCCCUAGAAACAAAAAGCCUUCUUCCAGACCAUAACUCCGUUCUCCCGUCAGAAAAAAGCAGGUAUCAAUAACCCAUACUUAUCGUAUCGACAUGCAAAAUCUGCACUCGUGCUCUAUUCAACGCCCAACCACCUUUUGAAAUAUUCACAGUUAUUGGGGCCUACAGGACCGCCCUCUUCGCAGAUCUCAAACACUGGACAACGUCCGCAAGGAGCUUCGGUGAAGGCACUGACGAUAGGUUCGGGACCGCCUUCGCGACCAGUGGGGUCAUCUCGACCAGCCCAGCUUUCUAAAGACUGCUUGGCGAUCCGAGAUACGCGGUAGCCGAUCUUUCCAGCAACUUUGACUGACUCAAUGAGGUUGUCCCAGACAAGUACGUCGACAAGCUUCUGUACGUCGUGCUCGGAAAGGAUGGUGUUAUGGGUGAUACCGCUUGAGGAGAGGAGACGAGCGAUGUCGCGUACGGUCGGAUAGCCUGUGUAUCCAGCAGGAAGAGGAAGUAGGGCGUCCUUUUUAACGGCCGCCGUAGGAGAAAUCUUGGUGGCUUUCGCUGGGGGCUCAUCCAUGUGGCUAGCAUCUCGCUUCUUGCCCUUUUCCACGCCACCUUUCACGACACCCUUCUUGGGAACUUGCGUCCGCGCAGCACCUCCCCCGUGUGUGCUGUGAUAGCUGCUCUGGCGCUUGAUAAAAUCAUAUACAACUCGCUGUAGGUCUUCAAUAAAGGCCUCAUCAAAGUUCUGAUCGGUAUACCACGGGCCGCCGGUGGCUCUAUCGCUGGGCCGUAUGGAGGCCUUGAUGAACAUCUUUUUGUUCGGGUGCUCGACAUUCUUGAAGGGCGCAAUCAGACCCUUUGUCUGAAGUUGCUUUAGUGCGUUCUUGAGGACCGAGUCGUGCAUGUUCAGUCGCUUCUGUAGCGUCUGUGACCAGAUACCGUCGCCGCCCGAGUCGUCGAUAAGAGAAUAAACCAUGACCUGUUCGUCGGUCGAGCACUGCUU